AUGCCUCUCAAAGUUAUAAUUGCUGGUGCAGGCUUGGGUGGCCUGGGCGCCGCUAUCGCCAUGGCCCGCGCUGGCCAUCAUGUAGAGAUUUUUGAACAAUCAAGAUUCCUUAACGAGAUCGGUGCUGCAAUUCACAUUGCCCCCAACGCUACCAGGGUACUCAAGUCCUGGGACAUCGACUUUACCGAGCUACAAGCCGUCUUAUGCAACGCCAUCAAGAUCUACGAUCAUAAAGGGAAGCCCAUACUCGUCACUGCGAAACUCGAAGAACUUCAGAAAAGUAUUGGCAACAAGGAUGAAUGGCUCUUGACUCACCGCGUCGACCUGCACAACACUCUUCGCAAGGCAGCCAUGGAAAAGACAUUCGCGGGAACAAUAAAGAUUCACACUGCAAGCAAGGUGGUUCAUGCGUCCAAGGUCGUUUGCUCCGUCGCAGGAGGCCCGCCUGUGCGUGUCAGUACAAAACAAAACGUAUUCCGGUUCCUGGUACCUAUCGACAAGCUCAUGGCGAACCCCAUAACCGGGCCCUUUUUCGACAAGCUUGGUUUCGACUGUCAACACGUCUUCACCACUCGAGAUCGAAGAAUGGUGGUCUACCCAUGCCGGAAUGCCAAGUUGCUCAACAUCGUCGCCAUGCACCCAGCUGAAGAUGCUGGUUUCGACUCAGAGUCUUCGUGGCUUGCAGGCGGGAAAAUAGAGGACUUGCUUGAAGUCUACAGGGAAUUUGGACCUGAGCUUAUUGAGAUGUGUAGGAUUGGCGAGGACUUGAAACUGUGGAGUCUGGCUACGAGAGACCCCCCUACCCAGUUCUACAAGGGCAGAACUGUGCUGGUUGGCGACGCAGCGCAUCCCAUGCUCCCACGCAAUAUUAUAGAUCAAGGACAAGGCGGAGCGCAAUCCUUUGAAGAUGCCGCAGCUCUCGGGAUCUUGUUCCCCGCCGACACGACCGUGGACGAUGUACCUCGUCGACUGGAACUUUACAACAAGCUACGCUAUCCACGAUCUGUCACUGUGAUGUUUAUGUCAAAGAUUAACGACGAGAGGCGAGGCGAGAUGAUGGAUGAUCUUCGCAAAUUUGUCCCUGAUGCGGAACUCCCUCCCAACAUUUUCCCCUACCUGUGGAAUAACUUUGUCCUUGACGAUGCGAAAGAGGCUCUUGCAGCAGCAGCUUGA